UCUCUCGUAUGACUCUGACUUUGCAUUUUGGUGGUUUCGGUUCAGUGUCGAGGAAAGCAGUUGUUUGCGGCGUUUUGAGUUCAUUUUACAAUAGCAAUGAUUUUAUAGGGGGAAGCAAGAGAUCGAGUAAGACGUUUUUUGCAAGAUGAGUACGAAUUAUGCGCGGAAAAUGGCCUUGCUUCAAGCAAGAAUCUUUGGAAAGUUGACAAGGCCAGUGACAAAACAGUCAUACAAGGUUGUGACACAUUUCAGUCGUCGACCGCUUGGUGGAGCUAUAAACAGCUACUAUCCUCCGCUGAAGCAGUUCAACUCUCUUCUACUAAGACUGCGACAUCUGGGAUUUUAUCGUGAUGAUCAUUUGGAUUUCAAGGAAGAAAUGGCUGUCAGGAGGAAGGAAAGAGGGAAAGGUCCUCCCAAGAAAGGAGAGGGAAAGCGCUCAAAAAAGAAGAAAUAAGAAAAUGAUUAAGACUAAAAUUGUACUGUACAUAAUUGUAACAUUAAUAAAAAAUACACUGGUUUUA